AUAAAAUCAAAAUUAAAAAUCACAUAACCUAAUCCGCCAUUGCCGAAAUUCUCGUCUCAUUUCCUGUGAUGAGCGCUGAAUCUAGGAAGCUUUAGCUGAUCACAAGCGUCGGAGGCUGCAUGAGUGGCUUAGAACCUCGCGGGUUCUUCUUCUUCAAGUUUUGGAGCUUGAAGCAAUGGCUAUGGCAGCUAUGGGUUGUGGAUGUACGGUCCCUCUUUCGCAGUCGGUUUCUCUCGGUUUCUCCGCUGAGAAAGCUUCGGUUUUUCCAGGGCCGCGGUAUUCUUCUCGAGUUCGCUAUCGCUUCGCUUCUCUUCGAUGGUUGAGUUCCAAUCGCCUUUCUCUUGCUUCUCAUCGAUUUGAUGCUUUUAUCUCAAGCUGUUCAAUUACCAACACCGAUACACAGUGCACCCACGUUGCUACUGAGGACGAGGCUUCUGAAGAAUUAGCAGCUAUUGAACAGGAUUGUUCAGUUCCAAUUGUUAAUCUCAAAUCCAAUAUCCUUGAUGCUGAGCCUCUGAGGUUACUAACUGAAGCGACUUAUGUGGAUUGCCUACUGACAACGCUGCCCGUUUUAUCAGAGGAGGAGCAGCAUGCCCUUGCGGCUACUCCAGCCCACCCAACAGGAUUAUAUGCUUUAUAUGCUAGUUGCUUGGCUGGAAAUUUAGUGGAACAGCUUUGGAGUUUUGCUUGGCCAUCCGCUAUAGCAUUGAUACAUCCUAGCCUUCUACCGGUGGCAGUCAUGGGUUUCUUCUCUAAGGUUGCAAUAAUUGUUGGAGGCCCUUUAGCUGGCAAGUUUCUAGAUUACUUUCCUAGAGUCCUCACAUAUAAUUAUUUAAACGUUAUACAGGCUGCUGCUCAAUUGUUAUCUGCAACUAUGAUAAUUCAUGCUCAUUCUGUCCCUCUGUCUUCUGGAUCAUCCUUGCUCCUUCGUCCUUGGUUUAUUGUACUUAUACUAGCUGGAGCUGUUGAGAGGCUAUCUGGAGUAGCACUGGGGGUUGCAAUGGAACGUGAUUGGGUUGUGCUGUUGGCAGGAGUGAAUAGGCCCGUUGCUCUUGCACAAGCAAAUGCAAUUCUUAAUCGAAUUGAUCUUCUCUGUGAGAUAGGGGGAGCAUCAUUAUUUGGCAUUCUUCUCUCCAAGUUUGAUCCUGUAACCUGCCUGAAGUUUGCUGCUGGUUUAAUGGUGUGGUCAUUGCCAUUUGCGGUAAUCCUGACAUGGUUAACCAACAAGCUCUCUUCCGGAGUUCUUGACCGCCCUAAAUGCUCACAAACUUGUUGCAGAACAUUCGAUGAUGGAGCUCUUCCUGAUGCCGAAAGUAUAGUGGAUAAAGGUGUGGAAGCUAUCAAGCUCGGGUGGAAGGAAUACAUGCAGCAGCCAGUUCUUCCUGCAAGCCUUGCUUACGUGCUCCUUUAUUUCAAUAUUGUUCUCACUCCAAGCAGUUUGAUGACAGCAUUUUUAACACAGCGUGGUCUAAAUCCAUCAAUCAUAGGGGGGUUUAGUGGAUUAUGUGCUUUCAUGGGUGUUGCAGCAACAUUUGUGUCUGCGAGCCUGAUCAAGCGACUUGGUAUUCUAAAGGCUGGAGCAACUGGAUUAAUAUUUCAAGCUUCACUUCUCACCGUAGCUGUUGCUGUAUAUUGGAGUGGAUUUCUUUCUCAACAGAGCCCUCUUCUCUUCUUCUUGUGUAUGAUUGUACUAUCAAGACUGGGACACAUGUCGUAUGAUGUGGUGGCUGCACAGAUUCUUCAAACUGGCAUACCAUCCUCGAAAGCCAAUCUUAUUGGGACAACAGAGGUUGCUGUUGCUAGCUUGGCUGAAUCUACGAUGUUAGGAGUUGCAAUUAUUGCCAAUGAUGUUUCACAUUUCGGAUAUCUAGCUAUGCUGUCACUUCUAUCAGUAGUGGGGUCAGCAGUCAUGUACUGCCGAUGGUUGUACAAUCCUACAGAUGAACAAAGGAGUCUUUUCUCUUUUUGAUGCUUCAUUUUAAUCAUUCUUAUUGGGGCCUCUUUUCGAUGAUAUCUAGAGCUGUCUAUACCUUUUAUAGUGACCCCCAUGAGGUAUACUUUCUACAUCCUCGGUGCUCCAAAUUUUUUGUAUGGUAAAUUGGCUGUAAAUUAUGUAACACGCCUAAACUAUAUAUUAAAUAGAUGACAUGCGUCAAAUAGGCUUAUUUAUUCAAACAUUUUAGAACAUUUGUAAAGCUCAGAUCAAUUCAGAAUUCCCUUUUUUGCCCCUGAGAACCAGGCUUUAAUUCGACUUCCCUGCACAUUUCUGUACUGUUACGUUUUGUGAUUCUGCUUUCUCUCUUCUGGUAAUGAGGGGGAAAAAAAGAAAAAAAAGAAAAAAGAAAAAAAAGAAUCUGAAUAGAAGGGAACACACUAUAGAAUCAUCAGGCUUCUCCUUAGCUAAUUUGUUUGAGUGGAUUUCUUUCAGCGAAAACUGAAUUGCUGAUCUUGCUAAUGCUAUU